UCGUUAGCGUGUGUAUGCCUUGUUACUGACUUUUACCCUGAAGUUUUGGCCUAUAAAUACCGCACAUUUAUUGAUGUGUCAACCUCAAUUCACACUUUAAGAAACUCGAAAACAAAUCAAAGUAUCUCAACUCCGGUAGUCGCAAAAAAUGUUUGCCUCACGUAAAAUUAUACUCCUCCUCUUAGUUGCUAUUAUGGCUAUUGCAGCCGUGAAUGCUUCAAGAGAUAACGAGUAUGAUCUACGAUGCAAGGACCGCAAUAUCAGUUGUGGAAAUGGCCAGGAGUUGGAGCAGAACAGAAAAUGCUGCCGAUAUUCAAACAGUUGCAGCAACGGUUGGUCACAAGAGAAAUGCUUAGCAUCAAACUGUUGCAAGAGCAAGGGGGGCGACAAUGGCGACAACGAUGAUUUCCAGCUGAGAUGCAAGGAUCAGGACAUUGACUGUGGGAGUGGACAGACGCUAAUGAAGAAUCGAAAGUGCUGCCGUUAUUCUGACAAAUGCGGCGGAAAUUGGUCUCAGAAAAAAUGUCUUGCAUCUAACUGUUGCGAAGAUAAACACUAAAUGUGCGAUGGCUCCUAUGAAAGUGCAGCUGCUAGGAAGAUGUAAUUCCUAUGAAGACUAACAGUCAGGAUAGCUACUCGGUUAAAAGAUUAUAUACAAAUAAAGUGUGAUAUAUUGAGUGAGAUACGUUUACUUUGAUGACCAUGGAUUCGAAUGCAAAAAGAGGUAGAUGUUGACCUUGAUACCAAGAUCAACUAUUGUGGAUGGCAGUAUGAAUUCCGAUCACUUAGCUGACGCUCUCGCAUCAAUGUGACUUAACUACCAAAUAAUGCUGACAUCGUUCAUGAAACAAAUUGAUAAAUCAAAAUAAAGAACUUCUUGUCAUAAUCGAAUUCUAAACAAAAAUAUGCGUAAAUAUGGGAUCAUGCAUCGAUGAUUUGUAAUAAAUUUUCCUUGUAUAGUAAUCUUAAUAGAAUGCUUUGAAAGUGUACAACUAUGGGCUUCCGAGACACUUGUGUCCACUGUGAAUUCUUCAAGUGUACUCGAUGGAAUAUAACAC